UUACAGAUGUGGCUAUAACACAGAUGUAACAAAUCAAGAAGUAAACAAAAUGGCAACCGGAGGUCAGCCACAGACGCUAGAUAACCGUAUAUUUUUGUUUCGGUUACAAAUACUAGUCAUUGAUGGUGGCCUCCUGGUAUUGAGAAAUAUACUGGACCAGUCCCUGACAUCUCAAUGCAUAACGUUCAGUGCGUGCUUGAAUCAAGAAAAGUCAACAAUAACACGUUUGAAAAGCCGCGGCGUUAUAACCCAGGUCCAAUAUGACGUGUUGUUUCCAGCGGGUGGUAAAGUCCCAACUUCGUCAGAUUUGGACAUCACGCUGAUUAUUUGUCUUCUUAGAAACCUGAAAUGCUUUGGAUUAAAUAAAAAUUUUGACUGGAGGGCAACACCAGCACAAACCGAUUUAACAAUGGAAGCAGACAUAUGUCGGUUAAAGGAUUUCCGAAAUAAAAUAAGUCAUAUAUCAACAACGACUCCAAUACAACAAAUUGAUUUCACAGCUUGGUGGAAUGAUAUUGAACAAAUACUUGUGCGUCGAAGUUCUUCAGCUUUGAAUGUUCAGCAAACAAUUGCCGAAUUCAAAACUUGCCCUCUUGAUCUGGAAGAAGAGAGAAGGAUACAGAAAGAAAUAGAAAAGUGGAAGGACUAUGAAGAUGAGGUUUACCGCCUUAAAGACAUAAAGGCAACUAUAACUGAUUUGAAGAGAGAUAUUGAUGAGAUCAAAAGACGGCAAGAGACAGGUUUUAGUCACAAGCAACUUCAAGACAAUCUGAAAAUGUGCCGCAGUAUCUAUGAAUCUAACCAAAAUUUUAUAACAUUUGUGUGUAAUUUGUCAAAAGAUGCAUGCACAUCAAUCAAUCCCAUUGAUGAUACGAGUGAUAAAUAA